AUGGACCUAGGGAAACUGAGGCUGAAUUUUUCUCAAUUAUUAGUUUUCUUGUUUUUGCAGUUUUGCGUCUCUGAGUACCACAUGCAGAAGAGUCCUUGUUAUAUAGAAAGAGCAUACAGUCCCACAUAUAAAAAAGAAGGGGACCUAGUCAUAGGGGGCUUCUUCUCCUUAUUUCUGAAGAUAGAUGAUCAAAUGCACAGGUCUGCCUUCAAAACUUCUCCCAUCUGGACUGCUAUAGAACCAAAGUCAAUGCUCAAACUUUACCAACAUUUGGUCAUUUUCCAAUUUGCUGUGGAUGAGAUCAACAGAAACCCCCAUUUGCUGCCAAACAUAACCUUGGGAUACCAGUUGCUCAAUAACUUCCUUCACAACCACCUAGCUGUGGAGAGCUCCUUGAUAUGGCUGUCAGGGAGGGGUCCAACCAUCCCUAACUAUAACUGUGGCAGGCAGAACAAUCCAGUAGCUGUCAUUGGAGGGAUGUCAGCUACGCUGUCCAUGGCCAUGGCCACAAUUCUCAAACUUUAUAAAGUUCCACAGGUUGCCUAUGGCCUAUAUGAUCUUCUCCUGACUGAUAAGGUCGAGUAUCCAUAUAUCUAUCAGAUGGGCAACAGGGAAUCCACUCUUCACCUCGCAUUCAUCCAACUGAUGCUCCAUUUUGGCUGGACUUGGGUGGGACUGGUUCUUUCAGAUAACAUGAAAGGAGAAAAUUUCUUCAGUGAUCUAAAAGACGAGAUGGACAGGAAUGGUCUGUGUGUGGCAUUUAAAGAAAGAGUCCCUCCAAACUUUAGAGCAGGUGAAGGUUUUCAACUCUCUUCUAGGAUCAUUGCAUCAUCAUCAAAUGUGAUUUUUAUAUAUGGAGAUACAGACUCCCUUCAAGAAUUGUCUACCGUAUUGCUUCUUUAUGGAAUUUAUGGGAAGAUGUUGAUCACCACCUCUUCUUGGGAUUUUCCUUUCGACUCUAAUUUUGAACUGCUUGCUGAUUUUCAUGGCACAAUACUAUUUUCUAAAACCCAGAUGGAAAUUCCUGGUUUCACAGAUUUUUUUAGAAGCCUGAAUCCCAGUAUGAACCCUGAGGAUAUUUUCCUAAAGACAAUCUGGGAGGCAGUCUUUGAUUGUAGACUUUCAGAAAAAAGUCAAGUAGAAAUGUUAUAUUCUUUGUGCCCAGAAGGUGUUUCCUUGUCAGAUACAAUUUCUAUAAAUUUUGACAGAAUCAUGGAACGGAGUUCUAAUGUUUACAAAGCAGUGUAUUUAGUGGCCCAUGCUCUCCAUGAAAUGCUCCAGUCUGAGGCAAAAGAGAUAUCAGAACUCAGAAGGAACCCAGAUGUUUCUUGGAAGCUUCACCACUUCCUGAAGUGCACCAAUCCUGUAAGUAGCUCCAAUGAUGAGUCAUGCAGGGAUGGAGGCAGGACAGCUGCUGAGACAUAUGAUAUCCUGAAUUUUAAAUCCUUCCCCGGUCAGAUUGACACACUGGUGAAAGUGGGUGAAAUGAUGCCUCAUGGUCAGGGAUUCAGAAUUCAUGAAGAAUACAUAGAUUGGCCAGAAGAUUUCCUUCAGACUCCGACUUCCAGGUGCAGUCUCAGCUGCAGCCCUGGAUUCAAGAAGACAGUCCGUGAAAGACAGCCCAUCUGCUGCUUUGAUUGCACACCAUGCCCUGAAGGGCAGAUUUCCAACCAGACAGAUGAAGAGCAGUGUCUGCAGUGCCCUGAAAAUCAGUACCCAAGGAAGGAGAGAGAUCAAUGUCUCCCUAAGACUGUGACUUUCCUGGCCUAUGAGGAACCUCUUGGAAUGACUCUGGCCUGUGCUGCUCUCUGCUUCUCUAUCCUGACUGCUCUGGUCCUUGGAAUCUUUGUGAAGCACAGACACACCCCCAUAGUCAAAGCCAAUAACCGCAGCCUUAGCUACACUCUUCUGGUCUCCCUCAGCUUCUGCUUCCUCUGCUCCUUGCUCUUCCUUGGUCGUCCUAACACUGCCACUUGUCUCCUGCGACAAAUCACAUUUGCAAUUGUGUUCACAGUGGCCAUUGCCUCUAUUUUAGCUAAAACCUUCACUGUGGUUCUGGCCUUCAAGGCCACAAAGCCAGGGAGCAAGCUCAGGAGGUGGAUAGGUUCCACAACAUCUUAUUCUCUCAUUUUGAUCUGUACUCUAAUCCAAAUGUGUCUCUGUGGGAUCUGGCUUGGGACCUAUCCCCCAUUCCUGGAGAUAGACAUAUAUGCUGAGCCUGGCUUCAUUGUCAUUCAGUGUAAUGAGGGCUCCAUCCUUACCUUCUACUUUGUCCUGGGCUACAUGGCCUUGUUGGCCUUGGGGAGUUUCACCAUGGCUUUCUUGGCCAGAAAUCUGCCAGACACUUUCAAUGAAGCCAAAUUCCUCACAUUCAGCAUGCUUGUGUUCUGUAGUGUCUGGAUAUCCUUUCUGCCCACAUAUCAGAGCACCAAGGGCAAGACCAUGGUGGCUGUGGAAGUCUUUUCUAUCUUGGCUUCCAGUGCUGGGAUUCUCAUUUGCAUCUUUGCUCCCAAGUGCUAUGUGAUUCUUCUGAGGUCAGACAGAAAUUCACCAGAGAUAGUGAAAAAGAAAACUAAUCCCUGA